UAGUUUGCCUAUGUUGUGUAUUUCCCAUCUAUAGUGUUUAUUCGCACAAGUUUAUUUCGUUUUUCUACGAUCCUUUUAUAAUUUCACCCAAAUGGAAGCUUAUUUGAAGCAGUAUCAUGACCAAGAGAUUACCGAUCUACUCAACAACCCCGACGAUCUCUUGCACGUGUCCAUCCAUGUAAACCUGGCCCAUCUUAAUCGCAAGCAGUCGGAGUUAUACCGAAGGAUCAUCCAGAACACCGACGUAGAGGUAACGCGAUGGAACGAGUGUUUGCUGCGUGCCCAAAAAUCCCUCAUCGAGGGCAACCUGUUCCUCGAGCCAGGUUUUCAGAUCAAACAAAACUGUCACGUCCGGUUCGUCAAUAUGCCAUUGACGCCUUCAGAACUGCGUCGAGCUGCCUAUCCAAGCAACGACAACGUUGGUCAAUUCUUGCAGGUGAAAGGCAGUGUAAUACGCAUGACAUCAAGCCGUUUUCUUGAAUAUAAACGCGAAUAUUCCUGCACGCGUUGCAAACGGACGGUGCUUCACGAGGCGGAGUAUAGCAAGUCCUAUGUGUUUGACCCGCCUGGACCUUGUCCGAGUGCUCGCGAAACUGGAUGCCGGGGACAGCUACAGCCUGUGUCGGUACAGCCACUGCCGGAACAUUGCCGGGACUACCAAGAAAUACGCAUCCAGGAGAUCAUGAGUGAGCGAAAUGUACCUGCUUCGUUAGUCGUGACACUUGAAGACGAUCUAGUGGACAUUUGCCAACCAGGAGAUUGUGUAACGGUUUGUGGGCGCAUCGAGCAUCGUUGGAAACCGCCCUCGGUAGGUCGGCGGACGGAGAUUACGAUUACGAUGCGAGCAAACAGCGUUACGAAGGAGGAAAGCAAGGCAAGCUGGGCCAAGGAUCUUCCCGAGCACCUGCUGUGCGUGCAAGCCGAGUGGCAAGAGGUGUUGCGAGAAAUCGGUGAACUGGCUGCCAGGGAUUUACUAGUUCAAUCGAUUGCGCCUGCAAUUCGUGGCAUGUACCCGGUGAAGUUAGCCAUCGCGCUUGCACUAGCUUCGUGCUCGGAACGUCCAGGAGACGCAGAACAGCAAACCGUCCGCGGUCACUCUCAUCUACUCCUCGUCGGGGAUCCUGGGCUGGCAAAGUCGCAACUUUUGAAAUUUGCAUCGGAGAUUGCGAGCCGAGCCGUUUACACCACUGGAAUGGGCUGUUCUUCGGCAGGACUUACAGCUGCCGCAGUCAAAGAUGAAGGAGAAUGGCAGUUGGAGGCCGGUGCGUUAGUCUUAGCCGAUGGUGGCAUCUGCUGCAUCGAUGAAUUCAACCUAAUGCGUGAAACGGACAAAGCUUCCAUCCACGAGGCGAUGGAACAGCAGACAAUAAGCGUAGCAAAGGCAGGAAUGGUGUGCAAACUAAGCACACGAUGCGUUGUGCUUGCCGCCACAAACCCCAAGAAUCUCUACACGAUGUCCGACGGAGAGGGCACUUCGGCGGCGAACAUUGGAAUCGGAGGUCCAUUAUUGUCGAGGUUUGAUAUUGUGCUUAUUUUGAAAGACAUUCGUGCUGCCGAUUGGGAUGCAGAUAUUGCUAGCCAUCUGCUUUCGCUAGCAUUGCGCGAUGAGGAAAAGCAAACAUUCGGGGAAGAUCUCCCCGGAUGGAACGGGAUGGAGCAGUUCGCUACCUGGGAGCUGGAAAAAUUGCAACUACACUUCGCCGCCAUUAAGGACAUACAUCCGCGCGUAUCUACCGAGGCAAACUUAAUCCUUGGCGCUUACUAUAAGGCUUGCCGUUCCGAUCCAUUUCGGGAUCCCGCUCGCACUACCGUCCGUCUGCUAGACAGUUUGUUCCGGCUUUCGCAAGCGCACGCCCGACUGCUCUUCCGCUCAGAGGUAACACCGGUCGAUGCCAUUACCGUGAUUCAACUGAUGGAAGCGAGCUGGGGCUUCGGAAAGAUAGGUAUCACACAAUACGAUCUCAUCAAAGCAGAACUUCCACUCGGACCGGAUCAAACCAUAAUCGACCGAUUGAUGGACAUUCUAAAUCUGCACAAUUUAGUGCAAGAAUCGGUCACGGUGCGACCAAUCGAUGCAAACAUACUUCGGCGGUAUCACCGUGAAAUGGUAGCGAAGAAGAAAAUUCAACAGGCAGAUAAGAAUGAGCGUAAAGAUGCAGAAGCCCUUUCAGGAAAUCAAGGUUUAUCUCAGCCAACGGUGACUCUUUGCUCCCCACGCGAAUCAAGACCAGGUGUUACACAAAACGAUGUAGUUUCAAUAGAAGACCCGGUUCCUGCACCCUCAAAAUACUCAUUCCGACCAAAGGCCAAUUUAAAAAAGUUGAGAAAAGCACCGCUUGUAGAAUCGUCGUGCACGGACCGUGUUGAGCUGGAGGAGGGAGCAAGGAUUCCAAAGAAGCGCAAAAGGCAAGCAGCGAACGAAGUUGAAGAGGAUUAUUCAUUGAAAGCCCCUCUAGAUGAAACGGCUCUAGGGAACUUGCUUGGCUCAUUAAGGCGAGACUUUGAUGCUGGAGACAAUUUUGACGACGAGGAUCGUGGAAACGGAACCAGCUCAUCGGGAGUCAAACUUAAUCUGGGUCAAUCCGAACCGAAUGAUACAUUAGUAGCGUCUGGUAAAUCAAGCCACAGCCAAGACAAGGAUAUCUCUUUUAGUAUGCUUUUAGAUACGAGUAGAAUAUUCGACGACGAGGGCGAUGAAGAUUUUGAGAAUGAGCUUAAUGGCACGAACCGACAGCCGUCACAAAUACCGGCAGCUUUGGGACCAGCUUAUUCUUUGCUAACGAAACCGAUCGCGAUCGAUGUAUUAAAUGCUAGGAACGGACGGGAAAUAGAAACGCAAGAUCAUCAGAACCAUUUACCCGACACAAUACCGAAUACAAUUCCAAACACUGUGGAUUCGAAUGAUGACGACAAACACAGUCCUGAACGUUCUAUCUACAAAAUCCAGCGGCCAAGUCAAAAGAAAAUAACUAUGUUGUCCUCGGUGCAACAACACGCGGCACGAAACUGUGCGCUCGACGAUGACGAUGAUCUUUUGAAUUUCGAAAUUGAGCCAUCUGGAGAUUGUCCGUUGUUGAACAGUACGGAACCAAAUAGUUCUACACCUUAUGAGCCGGGAAUUCGCACGCAGGCACGGGAAAAGCUGCUACGAUUCGAGUUUCAACCGAGACGAAACGAAGGGCAAAGUGUCCAAGAUGAAGACGAUAGUGCGUACGACUCCAUGCUGCGCAACGGUGUUGGUCAAAUAGCUGACAAGCAACGUGCCGGUAAACAAACUGGUUCCCAGUACAGUGGGUUACUGAAUGGAGAUGAACCGGAUGAUUCAGAAAUAGAUUUUCAUCUUUCCGACAUUGAUUAGUGAUCGGCAUUAAACAAUAAGUAAAUUGUUGAAAUAGUUGAACUGCAACAAUGACCAGGCUGUGAUAUCAUAUUACUUCAUUUUGUUCCGUUUCAGAUUAAACCAAUUCUCACCACCUCAUGCGCUUCUCUUACGAAUGUGUAUUGAUAUCUUCUUUUAGUGUUUUUUGUUGUUGUUUUUCUACGGUCAAUAAAAUAUAUACGAUGUACAUAUCUA